AUGGACGAGGACGAGAUCCCAGAUCUCAUUGAUGUACAUGAGAAUGGCGAAUCGGCUUCUAGCCGAACCAAAGUUGAUCAGUCGAUGAGAAAGGUCCCCAUCACAAUUGUCACAGGUUAUCUUGGCGCAGCUGAACAUGGGAAGAAGAUAGCAGUCCUGCUGAACGAGUUUGGCAACACGGCUGACAUUGAAAAAUCCUUGACUGUCUCAAAGGAUUCUGAAUCAACGACUGAAUGGAUCCCCCUCGCCAAUGGUUGCAUAUGUUGCAGUGUCAAAGAAUCAGGUGUGGCAGCACUGGAAUCGCUCGUGGAUAGCCAAAAGGACUUUGACUAUAUCCUACUUGAGACGACAGGCGUUGCAGACCCAGGAAAUAUUGCGCCUAUGUUCUGGCUUGAUGAAGGAUUGGGAAGCAGUAUUUAUCUCGAUGGAAUAGUCACGGUUGUGGACGCAAAAAAUGUUUUGAAAAGUCUGGAUGAGCCCGCACCGGAUGAGAUUGCCGAGACCGAACAAGGACAGAAGCAAGAACAUGACCACCAUGAUACUCCUCUCCUGACCACAGCUCACCUACAGAUCUCCCACGCCGAUGUAAUAAUACUGAACAAAACCGAUCUCGUUGACCAACUUCAAUUGGAAAUCGUCCAGAAGCGAAUAACGUCCAUCAAUGGACUUGCGAAAAUCAAAGUCACUUCUCACUCGCGGGUCGAUGACCUUUCUGGCACGGUGCUCGAUCUCUCGGCAUACUCAACCUUUCCCAGUACCUCGGAAGGACCAUCCUUUGCUUCCAAGGGUCACUCUCACCUUGAUCCAACCAUUUCCACUAUCACAUUACCGCUUCCACCAUUUGAUGUACAGAAACUCCCUCUCCUAGAAGGAUGGCUCGAGACAGUCCUUUGGGAAGCAGAUGAACGACAGCAGGGACAGACGCGCAGGUACGAAAUUCACCGUACAAAAGGCCUGGUUGCGCUCACAGAUGGUACCAUCAGGGUGGUUCAGGGGGUUCGGGAGAUCUUCGAGAUUAUCGAGCCCCCACCAUCGACGCAGGACAAGUCUGAUAACAGUCAAGGACCGGUGGAUGGCAAGAUCGUGUUUAUCGGCCGCAACCUCGAUCUAAUAGAUGCCAAUCGCGUUCCAAUCGAAACUUGA